ACCAACCUGCACCACCUGGGGUACUUGUCCCAAAGUUCCGUUCAGCGUCGGCAGGACCUAGCUGCUACUAAUUUCCGCGGUCAUUCAUAUGAGGUUGUGAUGCUUUCGGCGUUCGGCAGUUACCAAGUCCAGACUUUCACAGCAAUUGCUUAAUGUCAGAUCAGGAUCGGUCCGUGUUCCUCGAGUCUGGUUGGGGUAAUGAGACUGGUAGUAGACUUAACUUCCGGACCCACUCGGAUCCAACGGCCGUGCAGCAACUCCAGUACGGGCCGGCCGCACGGACGAAAAGAGCCGUCGGUCUUGCGCUAUGGCAUUUGUCGUGAGGGCCAGUUCGUGUAAGUGGUUAUAAGAAAUCUACUUCACCUCCAUGAUCCUCACAUAUCGGAGAGAUCACAGGCAUUCUCGUCACGUUCACUGACCUCACACAUAACCAGUUUCCAAUAAUCCCCAACCUUCUACCCUCUCCAAUCGCUCAUCACCCCGCAAACAUGGAAUUUAACCUCAGCGAGCCCAACCGCAAGAUCCAUGCCGGUGUCAUACUGACGAAAGGAGUUACCGAAAUGCUCGAUGUUGCACCUUUCGAAUUCUUCGCCUGGACCGACAAGGCGUCGCGACAAAUGUUGAACCUCCCCCAGGAAAUGUGGGAGGACAACCUUGAGUUCGAGCUCCACUGGAUCACCGAGGAUGGCAAGCCGGCCCAAAUGAAGAGCAGGGCUCAGAUACAGCCAACCGACUCCUUUGAGUCUUGCCCGCCCUUGGAUAUCGCGCUUAUGGGUGCCCAUAACUCCGGCGACUACAAGACCAGCGAAGCUGAGAUCGCCUUCAUCCGCAAGGUCUACAAGCAGUGCAGCGCCUUCUUGACCAUCUGUGGCGGCAUGUUCCCGCUUCUCGAGGCCGGCAUUCUGGCAGGUAAGACGGCAACUUGCCCUAGAAUGAUGGUCGGUAUCAUGAAGAAGAACGUCCCAGUUGUCGACUGGGUUGAGACUCGCUGGGCGCAUGACGGAAAACUGUGGACCUCGAGCUCGUUGUUGAAUGGCACCGACAUGAUGCGUGCUUUUGCUGAGCAUACGUGGGGAGGCAAGAGCAAGACUGGGUGGGUCGAGGCGGUUCUCGAUCUUGGGGGAUAUCCUGUGAGAGAUGUCGACUUCAAGGAUUUCGAAGGGCACAAUUACCCUAUCGAGCUAUAUCCCUUCGAGUCGACAGAAUGAUAUUCUGAACCAUACGGAUUAGAUGAAUUCGUAGUAAGAAUGCCAGUGUAAGAGUUUAGAAAAGCAGAGAUCUUUGUCUCAAACUUGACAUCCCUGUG